CGCGAUACUAUGUUGUUUACAUUGCUGACCCACGUCUUCUUGUCUUGGGAGCCUGAGUUUUAGGCCAAUAUUGCAGUGCCUGAAGGUAACCGAGAGUGUGUUGUGGAGACCACAUCGCUCGGCGUCAAUCAGUCCUCCUCCCUCUCCUUGCACACCUUCGCGUCGCGCAUCUUUUGGGUUGCUGCCUUUUGAUCUCGUGUCAUUCAGCUCCUCGUUUUGCUUCAUGCCCCUUUUUAUUUUAUUUAUCUUUACAUAUAUAUUUUUAUGCAUAUUCCUUGCCCACCCUGUGGUGUCGUGUUCACAUGCUAUUGCGCACUCGUGUUGGAAAGUUUCCCGUUCAAGUUUUUAACCUGUUGUGAAUUCCGGUGACAGUCGGAGAAGUGCCUACUUGGUCUUCCGGUGGCAUUUGAUUCUUUGGCUGUCUAUCAAUUUAGGUUGGGUGUGUGGUUCGUGUGUAUUCUGAGGAGGUUGGAUUUGUGUUGUUUGAAGGUUUCAUGGUGCCCCCAGUAGGGGUGCGUUGGGGUGGUGUUUGCACUGUUCAUCAUGGAGGACUGAUUGAUAUUGAAAUUUCUUAGUUGGUUGCUUGUCCAAAGAUCAACAUCUGCAGUGACUGUUACGGGUAUUUUGGAAGCGUGCGAGGGUUGCCUAAUAUGUUGCUUGGUUUGGUUGGAGUUGUGUAUUUCAUUUGAGGGAGAGGGGAGAUGUAUUUGAGCUUUCUUGCCAUAGCAGUGAACCGCACAUCAUAGCCGUUGUGAUUCUUGUGUUGUGGUGGCCAUAUGCCACUACUUCGACAUUGUCACCACGCAGGUACUGAGGUUAUUAAGUGUAACCCUCGGAGCCUUUCACUGAAGCCCCUUUUUCCCCGUUAGUACCUAUCUCCACUUCUUGAUGUCCGCUCCGUUCAUUCCCUUUAUUCCCUUGUCAAUGUCCAAAAUCUCCAACCUUUUGUUUAUCCUAGCUGCUCUCGGCUUUCCCAUGGCGAUUUCCCUGUAUCGAUCUCUGUUAUCCGGAUGUUGAUGUCAAGAAUUGGUUAUUGCACUCGCGUAGUCUUCAUCAACCUUAACCAGAAAGUCUGCGAACAAAUGUCGCGCCACUGCUGUCGCUGACGACAUAACAUGCUGUAGGCUGGGCUGUCAUAUGCUUCUCUCUCUGAAGCUGCAUUAGGCUUUUACGGCCAUGCGUAGACUUUGUCCAAUAUGAGUUAUUCGAUGUCGGUGCACAAUCCCAGUAACCGGCAAUAGUGAUCAUUGUGAUCUCCAGCAAUGAUUUACGGAUAAUUAGUUUGGAGGAUUGACGACCUGUACUUCGAUAUACACCAAUGGAGGACGAGGAAUGCGGUAGGGGGAAGAGGGUGAAGAGAGUGAUCGUAUGCCGAAAUGGAUGGCACAAUUGCUGUCUACCUGCUUUUGAGAAGAUUGGUCCCUGCGGAACCAUAUCAAGAACGAGUUUCAGUCCCUGCAGGGGAGACUCAUGCAAGGUGGUGUCUAUUGAUUCUCUCUUAUAUGCUCCCAAAGCCUCCCUGAAGGCUCCAAACGGCGUGCCCAAGGUCAAGGAGUCUAAACCAAGCAGGCAGUUGGUUACUGGUCAAGAGAAAGUGAAGGGUAGGGAGAACGUGAGACUUACAAAGAAAGUGACCUCUAAACUCGGGAGGCUGAAGAAGGAUAAAUACGACAAUACACUGUGUGAGGAGUGUGCCCGCGGUGAUGGAGAACAGGAAAUGCUGCUGUGUGACCGUUGUGACAGAGGAUACCACAUGUAUUGUCUGAGUCCUAUUCUUCCCACUGUUCCGCUUGAUGAUUGGUUCUGCCCAAAGUGUUCACAAUCUUCGCAUGUGCAGGAAUUUCCUAAGGUGCAGAAGAAGAUUGUGGAUUUCUUCCGGAUUCAGAAACCAUCCCCUUUCACUGCAGAAUUGAAGUGUGUAGAGACAAGGAAGAGGCGCAGACCUAGUGGAGGAAGUUUGUGUCUGCAAAAGAAAAGCCGGCGACUACUACCGUAUGUUCCAUGUGCUGAACCGCAGCGUAGAUUAGAGCAGAUGGCUUCUUUGGCCACGGCUCUCACCAGCAUAGGCGUUGAAUUCACUGAUUCAUUGAGUUAUGGUUUGGCUCCUCGAUCUGCCAACCGCGCUGAAAACGAGAAGGGUGGUAUGCAGGUUAUGUCCAAAGAAGAUAAGGCUACCCUAGAUUUAUGUAAGAAAAUGUGCAGCCAUGGUGAAUGGCCACCCUUGAUGGUCACACAUGAUUCUCGGCAAGGAUUUGUAGUUGAGGCUGAUGGAAAUAUAAAAGAUUUGACUAUUAUAGCGGAGUACACUGGAGAGGUUGACUACAUGCGCUGUCGUGAACAUGAUUCUGGUAAUAGCAUAAUGGGUCUUCUCUUCAGCGACGAUCCUGCCAAGGAGCUUGUGAUCUGCCCAGAUAGGUGUGGAAACAUAGCUCGAUUUGUCUCCGGAAUCAAUAACCAUUCACCGGAGGGAAGGAAGAAACAGAACGUUCGAUGCGUCCGCUACAACAUUGACGGGGAGGCUCGAGCGAUUCUUGUCGCCAUUCGGGACAUCCCGAAAGGUGAACGAUUGUACUAUGAUUAUAAUGCCUACCAGACCGAAUAUCCUACCAAACAUUUCGUUUAGAUGUUGGAUUCCAGCAUUGAGUGCUUGUGAUCACACUAAGCACAGCGGCACCGUUCCUAGCCUUACAAACUUUUGUUAUAGAGGUCAUUUCGCUAGACACAUCACCUCAUCCAGAAGGAAAAUCGCCCCACUAAUCUUAUUGCUCCCAUUCGUUAGCUCUUUUAACUGCACCAUACCUGGAUGAUGGUGAUUCUUGCUCGUAGGAUAUGACAGGCUUGCCACGAGCUAGUAGUUUAAUUGCAGGGUUACUGUGUGAUAACCUGUCAUCCUUGGUCAAAACUCGCUGGACUUCAAAUACUGCACUGUUAAGCGUGCAGUUCCUCCAUCUGUAGGUAGGGAGCAAAUUGCAUUUUUUUGUAUCGGCAGUUGUAAAGACUGAAGUGAGAUCUCGUGGUUCUUGUUGUCACUACAUUCAGCAGUUGGCUACCGUUGUACAAAGACCCAGGGUUCUGGGAUUCAUCAUUUCCCUCACAUAUUUGACUUCCAGUGUCCGCUGUUCACCUCUCUCUAUGUGCGCGGGCUGGUAUCACAGCAGUUUUAGCACCCGUCGCAUCUCUUGCGCAUUCAAUGGUCUCUAGAUUUGGGUUGAGCGACCCCAUCAAAACUUUGGAAGCAACUUGUGAGGCACUUCCUUCAGUGAGGCCAGGCGUAUCUGACAUGAAGCAGUUGCUUAGGUCCAGGUAGUUCGUAUACCAGCUAAUUCUGGACCAUACUUCAGAAAACUUGGAGAAUAUAUUAUUGAUUUCAA